AUGGAUUCAGUUCCAAGCACUUCUGCGGAACCCUUUAUUGGGCCUGUUGAUCCAGUCAAUGUUGUCAACACCAAUGAAACGUAUGUCAGGCGCUUUAGAGUACAUGGCCGCAGGACCACUUUUAAAUUUAAUUCCCCUCCUGAAGGAGUUUCUGAAAUUGAUUGGCUUAGAGGUGGCUUUUCUAGCCUUGUUGAAAAAAUGAAAGCUGAGUCCGAGGAAGGGGAUCAGCUCGGGUUUACUUUGCGAAGUCUAAAUUUAAAAAAUAAAGAGCCCGGAUACGUUGCGUUCCGACCAGCUGCCCAAGUGGAUGAGGACGUACUGUGGGAAAUUUUUGGCGGAAUAGUUCAGAGUAAUGCGGAAUCAAUCACUUCGGCAGAUACCUUCCAGGUCGAGUGCACUCGUGUCAAUCUCCCUGUAGGCACAGGUAGGGUAAGGCCAGGCAUGUUUAACACGUUCAAUGAAGAAUGUCACAAACGGAAGGGCAUUGUUGCUAUAAAGAAUACUGACAACCUCUGCCUGCCUAGGGCUAUUGUGGUGGCAAAGGCUAAGGUUAAAAACAAUCCUGAAUUUCAAGCUAUUCGUAAGGACAGAAGGGGUAGGCAAUUGAACAGGGCAAGGAAACUGAUGCAGAAGGCUAGGGUGGAAAUUCCAGAGGAGGGUGCAGGUAUCCUAGAGUUGCAAAAGUUUCAGGACCAUCUGAAAAAAUACAAGAUCACUGUGUAUCACUAUGACAGGAGGGGCAGAGACGUGUACUUUGAAGGAAACAACCCUGAUGCCUCACUAAAAAUUAAUUUGCUCUUCCAUAAUGGCCACUACAAUGUUAUAACUUCAUUGACAGCUGCUUUUGCCUGCACCCACUUCUGUGAAGGAUGCCACGUUCCGUAUAGCAACAAAGGAAACCACAGAUGUAACAAUAUUUGCUCAGCCUGUCAAACCGUCUCUCCACCUUGCAUUGAAGAGAUGGGUGGUAUUGUGUGUCCUGAAUGCAACUUAAAAUACAAAAAUCAGAUUUGUUUCCUGGCCCACAAGAAUGAGCGCUGUAAAUCUGUGAGAAAAUGUAAGGACUGUGACAAAAUCAUCAAUCUUAACAACAGAAAGUCAGAUCAUGUUUGUGGAGAAGUUUUCUGUGUGAUUUGUAGGGAAUUCUUACCACCUGACCACCAAUGCUACAUGAAAGUGGACAAAAGAAAGCCCACAGACAAGAUUAAAGACUCUGUGUACAUUUUCUUUGAUUUGGAGACGCGUCAAGACGAACCCCUGGCAACCGACCCUGACUCCAACCUGCAUAUAGUCAAUCUCUGCAUUUCUCAACAGUACUGUUGGAAAUGUAUAGAGGGAGAGGGUUGUGACACGUGCAACGAUAGGACAAAAAUAUUCAGAGAGGACCCUGUUGGUAGAUUUGUGGACUAUGUUAUGGAGAGCAGAAAGCAAUUUAAGAAUGUGUGUGCAAUUGCCCAUAACGGUCAGGGGUUUGAUUUCCAGUUUAUCCUGAAGCACAUUAUUGAACACACUAAAUUCACACCUGAACUGAUCAUGAGAGGCACAAAGGUGAUAUUGUUGGAAGUGGACAGUGUACGGUUUAUUGAUUCCCUAAACUACUUCCCCAUGGCACUGUCUGCUCUUCCAAAAGCGUUCGAUCUGCCCCCGGAGAAAAAGAAAGGCUACUUUCCUCAUCUGUUCAACACGAUGGCGAAUCAAAACUUUGUCGGUCCUAUCCCUAGUAAAAAAUUCUACUGUCCUGACACUAUGUUUGAAAAAACAUACAAGGACUUUGAAAAUUGGCACAACGAACAGAUGAGUCAAAAUUAUGUUUUUGAUUUUUCCAAAGAAAUAGUAGAGUAUUGCCUUUCUGAUGUUGACAUACUGGCCCAAGCGUGUAUUAAAUUUAGAAAGCUCUUCUUACUUGAAUGUAAUGUUGAACCAUUCCUAGAGGCUGUUACGAUCGCGAGCGCCUGUAACCUGGCGUUCAGACGUAACUUUUUGAAACCCAACACUAUCGGCUUGAUUCCUAAAAACGGAUAUCGCAUGGUUGAAAACCAGUCGGCCAUUGCUUUGCAAUGGAUGACCUGGGAAGAAGGCCAGCGAGAUGUGACAAUUAACCACGCUGGGCGGGGGAGAGAGAGUAGAAUUGCGGGAAUGAAAGUUGACGGGUUUGAUGGGGAACGUGUUUAUGAAUUCCAAGGCUGUUACUACCAUGGAUGCCCUAACUGCUACCCCUACAAACGAGAGGAGCCUCUGAAAGAGGAUCCUUCUGACAGCCUACAUCUCCGGUAUGAAAGAACUAAAACAAAAAUUCAAAAACUGUCUGAAACCGCGUAUGAGAUUGUUGAGAUGUGGGAGUGCGAGUUUAAAAAAAUCAAACGCGAUAAUAACUUGUCUUAUCUAAACUCUUUGCCUAUCUUGAAUUUUCUCCCCCUUGAACCUCGCAACGCUUUCUUUGGGGGUAGGACAGGAAACGCCAAGACCUAUCACAAGUGUGAAGAUGGUGAAUCCAUCCAAUAUGUCGAUGUGUGUUCCCUAUACCCUUAUGUUUGUAAGAGAGGGCACUAUCCACUAGGACAUCCCACUGUACAUGUAGGGGACAGAGCCUGCCGAGAGCUUGGACUGGAAGUAAAUGGUAUUCUGAAAUGUAAAGUCCUGCCACCACUGAAACUGUAUCACCCUGUACUACCUGCUAGGAUGAGUGACAAACUGAUGUUUGUUUUGUGUAGAAAGUGUGGUGAGCAGUUGAACCAAGAAGAUUGUCACCAUAGUAGUGAAGAAAGAGCCCUGACCGGUACGUGGACCAUGGAUGAGAUAAGGAAAGCCGUGGACAAAGGAUAUGUGAUUCUAGACAUGUAUGAGAUGUGGGAAUACAAGAUGGCCACUUAUGAAAACGGAGGGCUCUUUACAGAUUUUAUAGAUAAAUUCCUAAAGAUCAAACAAGAGGCAUCAGGGUACCCUUCAUGGUGUGAGACCCCUGAAGACAAAGAGAAGUACGUCAAGGACUAUAAAGACCAUGAAGGAGUCAGUCUGGAUCCCGCCAAGAUUGAAAAGAACAGUGGAUUGAGAUCUCUUGCUAAACUAAUGCUUAACUCUUUUUGGGGAAAGUUUGGCCAGCGAGAGAACCAGACAAAGGCGUCGUUGAUUAGGAACCCCAAAGACUUCUUUACGUUAAUGAUAACACCAGGGAUACAGGUCAAUACCAUUAGAGAAUUGAACGAAAAUGUCCUUCUAGUGAAUUGGCAAAACAUCGACGAGGUUGGAGAGUCUUUGCGAACAGUGAAUGUUGUCCUGGCAGCGUUCACUACGGCACAAGCUAGAUUAAAGCUUUACGAACACCUCGAAGCUCUCGGCGGCCAGGUGAUUUACUACGACACAGACAGCGUACUCUACAUAUAUAAGCAGAACUUGUACAGGAUACCUACCGGUGACUACUUGGGAGAAAUGACAGACGAGCUAGCCGAGUACGGUCCGGGCUCCUAUAUUGUUGAAUUUGUUUCAGGUGGUCCAAAGACAUACGCGUACUUGGUGUUUUCAACAAAUAAAAAUGCUUUAGUUGAAGUGUGCAAAAUUAAAGGGUUGACACUUAACCUCAACACCUCUAAAAAACUAAAUUUUGCCCAAUUAAAAGAAAUGGUGUUGAGUGAAGCGAGACUUUCAGUUGAGACAACUGAGAGCAGAAUUAGAAGGACCAAAGACAAAAAUAUCAUAACGACUAAAGUGAAAAAACUCUUUAGAGUCACUGGACCUAAGAGGAGACUUGAAGGCACAUAUGACACCCUCCCUUAUGGCUACCAAAAAAAUCCAAGACUUACCUAA